ACGACUGAGAAGCCUUACCAUUCCAAACGACCUCACAAGAAAUCACGGGCGGGUUGCAUCAACUGUAAAAAACGUAAAGUGAAAUGUUCUGAAGAGAGACCGACUUGCCGUGCUUGCACACUCCGUCGGGAAUCAUGCAUAUACCCGGGAAGCAAAUCCGCCGGCCAAUCCCCGUCAGCGUCUUCGUUGUCCCAAGCCGUCGCAGUCAGGGAUUCAUCUCUUCCGAGCGUGCGGCGCGGCGCACCUCAAUCGCCCCAUCGAAAUGCUGGGGAUGUGGUAGUCACAACAGAACCGCAAUUUCGGCCAACGGGUGUGGGAGACGACAUCGACAUGAAGAUGCUGUGGUUCUACACGGCCGAGGCCUGCAAUUCGUUCUCCAUCGAAGGCGGUCGUUCUCCGACCAUCGACCACGUCUUGAAGGUCAAAGUGGUCGAGCAUGCCUUCAAAUCGCCGUUUCUCAUGCAGUGCCUCAUGGCCCUGUCAGCUCUGCAGCUCCGGGGCCUGGGCCAGGAGGUCCCCUACGCUAAGACCCUCGCGUAUCAAUCCAAGGCAUAUGAGGGCUACCGCGAUGCCAUCGAAGCGGCGCGGCCAGCUGACUACCCGGCACUUCUGGCUUGCUCGCUCCUCAUGACGGCGCUGAGUAGCCAGAUGUUCCGCGAGGCCGACACGAAACCUCUGUAUAUCGUCGACUGGAUGGCGGUCUGGCGAGGCAUCGGACUGAUUAUCGAAAUCAUAUCACCGCAAUCCAUCACCGACUCGGGCCUGGCUGUGCUCUUCUACCGGCCGCCCAUUGACGUUGAGAAGACGGGUCAAUUCAUCCCAAAUAAUCUACUGUUCAUGGUGUCGUCCAUCAAGCCAGGCGACGCGGAUUACGAGCACCAGCAGACAUACUACACGGUGCUGAAAUGCAUGGGGUCGCUCUACGCCGAGCUCCAUCACGGCUUCAGCUCCAUCCUGGAUCUGCGUAUCAUCACCUUCUUCAGUUUCAUGCCGCGGGAGUUCAUCCCCCUCGCCAAAGAGCACCGCCCCCGCGCGCUUGUCAUCCUGGGUUACUACCUCUGCUUUGCCAAGCUCAACAACGACCUGUGGUGGAUGCAAGGCAUAUCAGACCGCGAGAUCAAGGAGAUCCUCCACGCCGUAGGCAAACCCUGGCUACACCUCCUGCACGUGCCCCGGAAGAUCAUGCACAUGACCGAUAAAAUCCAAAUCAUGAAAACCAUCCUCGCGCAUGAUACCUGGGCCCCUCCCGACCAGGAUUUGUCCGACAAUGACAGAGACCCACGGGUCAAACAGCCCGGCAUAGUGAGUGACAAUGGCCGGCACUAC